AUGUUUCACAAGGGUAAAUAUUACAUAUCAUUUAAGCGAGGCUUUGAGGAAAGCAAAAAAGAUAUUUCAAUAGCUGUAGAUAAAAUAUUCAACAGCGACAGCUUAAGAUUAACACUCUCUAAUGAGGAUGACCCAACUUUUUUGUGUAGAAUUGUAAUAACUCGUUGUGACUAUGAAGAGUUAAAGAAACAACAAGGACUUCUUAUUGAUUUUGACAACUUUCCUUCACAAGUAGUUAGGCUACUACAACAAUGUACUGCAAACAAUAUGUUUCUUAUCCUACACCAAAUGAAUCCAGAUGAUUAUAAUUUUGAAGUAGUUGAGCAUAAUGAAUUUAAGAGACUUGUUCAUUUGUCUUUGAAAACAGGUCCAGCAACUGACCAUGAUGUCAAACAACAUAUGUCUGAAUCUAUAUCUGAAUUAAAGAAAACAUUAUUAUCAGUUAAGAGUUCAGCUGCUAACAAUGAGGCACUAAUGAAUGAUAGAUGUGGCAAACUUGAGGUAAAGAUCCAUGAACUAACAAUGGCUUUAUCCAAAAUGGAAGAAGACAAGCUGAGACGAGAGUCUGAAUAUCAAGAGUCAUUAAGACAGGAAAAAGAUAGACUUGUACAGGAAAAACUUCAACUACAAAAAUCAGCUGACCUAAAUGCCAAAAAUGUAUUAGCAAGCUCCCAAGAAAAUUUAAACAAGAAAGACAAACAAAUUGAUGAACUACAUUACUCAUGCAGACAAAUGAAAGACACUAUUUCUCAAUUGGAAAGACAGAUUGGUGAAAAAAAUCAAAGAACAAAUUAUCUUGAGAAGGAGGUGCAAAAGUUUCAUUUAGAAGUAACAACUUUAUCAUCAAAGAAUGCUUCAUUAGAACGUGAAAUAAAUGACCGGGAGAAACAAAUGCACCACUUGAAUACUAAAUGUUCAUCUCUAGAAAAGACGGUAAAAGAUAACUUGGAUGUAAUCAAAGAGUUAUCUGAAAAUGUACAAUCAUUGACAAUAGAAAAGAAUAGUCUCGAACGACGUCUCUCCCUUAGUGAAUCCCUAGCUAGUAGGAACAAUGAAGCGGCUCAAUCGACAUCAGAACAAUUGUUAAAGGCUAAUCAAAUAAUUUCCAAACAAAAUUCAGAUCUAAUAGAGAUGAAGGAUAAGCUUCUUUGCCGUACAGCGAUUGCCCUGGAACAAGAAAAAGUGAUUGAACGUAACUCGAAAGAAAUAGAAGAGUUGACGUCACGGAUUAAGAGUUUUCAAGAGGCUAUAGAAAAGCAGCAAACCGAUGUAGAGACCUGGAAAGAGAAGUGUGAAUUGAAUGAAUUAACAGUUAGAGAUAGAGAUGAGACCAUCAAGAAUAAUAAUAUGGUUAUUCAAUGGCUUCACAAGAAACUAGAGGAGACAAACACUCAAACAACGGACAGACACAAGACUAACGUGGCUAGUUCCACGCCAUAUUUUAUUAAUAGGAACACCUCUACGCUAGAAAAUUCUGAAGAGUCAAUAAAUUUUUAUGCCACUUCUAAAUCGAAUAUAGAAGAUAGUCCUAAUAUCAUUCAUAGUAAAGAACGCAUCACUAAGGGUCUGGAUCCGAAAUACUUAAAACCAUCAGAGGACACAAAGACGAAGAAAAAAGAUUCAAGUAAACCAACAGCAUCACAAAGUAAGGGAAAAGAGAACAAAAAUAUCGAGUUACCCAAAGUUGACUACAGAGAGAAGAAAUCGUCUAAACAAACGACAUAUCGGGCUACACCUGUCUCUGCAUACUUUCCGUGA